GUAUGGUUGUGUACACAAAUCUUGAAAAAUGCGUAAUCUGGGAAAGGUUAGAGAUCUGUUACAUAGCCAAUCGUAUUCUAUGUAACUCUAGUACGCUCAUUACGAUAGAAACCUGAAAUAUACAGUUGAAGAAGCAAAAAUUAAAAGUAACGUAUUGUUUACGCAUGCGCGAAAAAUCUUAAUGGAGACCUCGAAAAAUGGCGGAGCUAAGAAGAAGACCUGGGGCAAUUUCAAAAGGCAUGAAAUUGCCUAUAACAAUCGAGGAUGCCAUUGAUGACGUUUUAGUUGUAUGCUUAGAAUAUGGUGCUAAACUUUUCAAGGGUAUUUUAUUGGAUAUAAAUAAAAGAAACCUGCCACAUGGCAUAUGCGUGCCUUUCUCCGCUAAUGGGGACAAUUCAAAAGGCGACCCAAAUGCACCCGGUGUCAAUAACAAUGCAGAUCAGGAUGUAGAGGUGUCAGCGACAGGUUUUAGACACACUUAUACACAGGGAAACGAGCAACAUGUAAACAAAUUCUUCUUGCGGUCCAGUAAGGACCGUCCUGCACGCAGUAUACGUUUGCGCCCUCGAUCUACGUUGUGUAGCAAAUGUAAAGCUGUAUGUCAAGAGACUGAAAAGGGCAUUAUGCCAGUUCAGCAGAUUGUGAAACAGGGCACUCAAAAGAACCAAGUACCUCAACAGUCACUACGAGAAGGCCUGCGGAGGCGUUCCGUCCAAAAUAAGGAUCCUCCGAACAACAGCAAGCCUGCAGACAAUAACAAAAACUCCGGCUUAACACGCUCGAGUCCGUUCAUUAAGAUAUCUAUUGGUGAGGGCACUGUGUUGAAGAUUCCGCCACGUCUGCAUGACGAGGUAGAUGGGACAACUUCUAAAUCAAAAGGAAAGGUUGAAUCUGUGAAAGAGGACAGUGCUCUAGAGCAGGACAAAAACAGGAGAACUAGUAAACGGAAUCUCCGCAAAACAAAGGAUCGUACAAAACACGUGGAGGAAGAGCCCCCAAAAGAACUUGAAAAUAGCAAUGAAAAUGUCACUAGUCAUCACAAAAAACAUAAACGCAAACAUAAACAUAAGCAUGGAGAUAAUGAGGAAAAAAAUCAAAAUGCGUCCUCAGAGGGUGUGGAUGAGAAUCUGGAAAGUUCAAUGGAAAAUCAAAAUGACGUUGUUGCUCAGAGACCAAGGCUGUUGUACACAUGGCGGCAGAAUAAAGGACUAUCACCAAGACGAGAUAAUGCAACAAACAAUAUCGAAAAUGUUAAUAAUUUGAAUGUAUCAUUGAAGCAGAAUAUCCCAGAGAACAUUUCACCAAAACGUACUGUGCGGACAAAAAGUAGUGAACAGGUUCACAAAAAGGAGUACAAGCUGAGGAGCCGCGAACGUCUGAGUGUCGAUUCUGUGGAGAAAAGCCCCAAGAAGCUGGAAGAGAACACGAAGGAGGAGGACUCUCUCAGUGAAGAUGUCAACGACAAUGUGACUGGACUUGUGAUGAGAGUCAGCGAGGAAUCCAUGCCAGAAGCUGAAAGCCAGGAAGUGUCGCAGGAUAUUGUAGAUUGUGUGGAUUCUCAAGACAAACCUCCUGUGUAUUAUGAUAACCUUAGUGAAAAACACACAGACUACUUCUUGCAUGCCAAUCAUGAUUAUGUAGUGACUUUGAAUAAUCCAAACAGUCUUAGUAACUCUAUAACCAGUUCACGCUCGGAAGGCCAUGAUAAAUAUGUGAUAAUAGACACAGACAAGUAUUCUGUGAUAUCAUCUGCAUCGGAACGGGAUUUUGACUUCAAGGAUGAGGAUAUUCCCAUGUCUCCCGAGGGCCCGCCUUCGUCUGUGGCCAUGCUUCCAUCUCCAACUCAUCAACCAGAACCGGUGUCUCCUGCUCAUCAACUAGAGUCGAUCUCUCUAGCUCAUGAACUGGAGCAGAUUUCUCCUUUGGAUCAUUUUGAACCUGUGGAUGAACCAGCCAUGGAUGAGGAUGAGGAAGAGAGGGAAGAUAUUGCCGAUGCUCCACCCACUAAUGAAGAUGUGUUCAGAUCUCUGAUGAUGAAAAUUCGGACUCGUGAUGUGCCAAAAUGCAUAGCGACCGAUGGUCGGACAAUUCAUGUUGGAGAUAUUGUGUGGGGGAAAAUUAAAGGGUUUCCUUGGUGGCCGGGGCGUGUGUUGUCAAUCAGUGUGAGUGAAAGAGACGGGGGAAUCGUGAUACGAAAACUUGCACAUGUGUCAUGGUUCGGUUCAUCCACCAUGUCACACAUUCAGUGUUCAGACUUGUAUCCAUUUUUGGAGGAUUUUAAAUUACGCUACAACAGGAAAAAGCGGGGACCAUACAAAGUGGCCAUCAAGCAAGCCACUAUUGCAGCACAGAGUGUGACAAAUACACACCAAAUUGACUUUAAAGAAUAUGAUUUGUAGCAAUCGUAUACAUGCAAGCAAAACCAUGUAUUUAAGAGAAAACCGGUACGCAAAAACUGUGAAAAAGAUUGUACCUAUCCACUAACCCUCAAAGCCGCUUCAAGAGUGUUUCCUUAUACAUUACACAUGUUACAGUGACCUUGUGUGGACCAAUAGUGUCCAUUACAGUUCUUGUGUGGACCAAUAGUGUCCAUUACAGUCUUUGUAUGGACCAGCUGUGUCCAUUACAGUUCUUGUGUGGGCUACUGUUCAUUGGAGUCGUUUUGUGAGCCGGUGUCCUUUACAAUCCUGGUGUGGGCCUGCUGUAUCCAUUACAGUCCUUGUGUAGGCCAGAUUACAUUUUAGGUUGCCUGAAAUUGAUGAGUUCUUUUACCUUGAAUGCAAAUAGGCAUUAUAAUAUUAUACUUUAAAUCGGCAGUGAUUUCUAAUUAAAAACAUGGCAGUACCUUAAAGGUUCUGAACAUUAAUUAGCGAUUCCAGUUCUCCUCGCCUUGUACAGGUUCAUGGGCUGUCAUCGAAGCGUUUUAUGCCUGUAUAACUGCGCUGUGUAUAAUUUUUUUGGUGCGAGUGUGUUUUAAGGACAGACUCUGUCAGACAUUCAAUGUAUUGUCUACAACACAAGGUGAUUGAUGAAAAGGAAUUUUUGUAUGUUGUAAACGUGUAUGCAUUUCAUAAAGUGUUCAUGCCAGAUGAUUAUAUUAAGUAGCUGCAGCAAGUGAUCGGUGCAAAUUUGUUUCUGUUUGUUUGCUACCACUUGAAAUAAGAGAAAUAUUGUUAUUUGGGAAUUGUGAUGCCAGUCAUUUUAGGGGGAAAAUCUUAGAAAUCAUGUACAAUAAAAUACAGAUGAUUUAUUAAAAAAUUCUCCCAAAUAUACUAUGUAUCUUGGAUAACUUCAUUCCACAUUUCCUGUAGUCCAGUAUGACUGCUUAAGCAAGACAAUGAUAUGAUUGUCUUUUCCCAUAAUAAUUUGUUGAUUUUAAAGACAAUGUUGGCUAUAUUCAUGUUUAUGUUUUUAUAUGCAGUCAAUCUGCAACCAAGAAAAUACUUAACAGUAUGUUUUCAUUUGAAAACUGCACAAUUUUUAAAAAAAAACUUAAGUCUGAUAUUUGUGAAUUAUAAGAAUGAACAAGUAUGCAUAGAAUUUAUAUUUAAUAUUUUUUAUGUACUUUCAAGAAAUUACUUGGUUGAUAGUGAAUUCUGAAUUUGUUCCCUGUUUAAAGAUCUGCUUGUGUGUGGGUGUGGCAUACCUAUGUUUGUAUUUUUAUUUCUUACAUAAAUUUCUAUAAGAAUCACUUAAAAAUGAACUGACUCUACAUUUUUUAAAGUGUGGCAUGUAGAAAAUGAAGCAGUACUUUUAUUUAUUUAUUUUAGAAGUGUCCUUUUUAAGAAAUCAAUUAAUUUUUGAAAAGAAUACAAUGUUGUAAAAGAAUAUUUAAAAAAUGAACUCGUGUAUCAUGUUUUAUCUAAAUAUUUUAGAAAGAGUUAGAUAAAUGUUCUGUGUGAAAGUUUUAAUAGAGAUUUGAUGUACAUUGGUAUGUAGUAUUUGGUGAUAGAUGUGAGAAUUGUACAUAAUGCUUAUAAGUACACUCAUAACUACAUGGGUGUGUAUCAGUAUUACUGCUAGUGUUGCAUGUUAGUGUGUUGCCAUGCACCCAACACAUCAUCUCAGUUGCCAUGCUAAUUAGUAUUUUCAGUAUGAUUUCAUAUAUAUACUGAGCCAAUCGCACAACUACAAACAUUCUGUAUCAUUGUUGGCAAAUAUGUCACAGCAAAGUGUCCUUGAUUUUAUAUCCUCUCCAGUCUGUUGUAAAUUUCACCUUCAUCAUGCCAGUAAUUUUUUUAUACUGAUACCAUGUUUAAGUGUAUCAAAAGCCAAGUAUCAUCCUGUCUCGCAAGUUUCACGAUUCGUAGAAAUGUUAUCCAAGGAUGUGUGACACUACUUGAUGCAUUUUUUCUUUUACACUAGUCAGAUUCUUGAUGAAGAAGAAGUUGUUGAGAAAGAGUCUAUUUUUGAAUUUUAAUAAACCUGUUUCUAUGGUUACAGUGAUAUUGAAAUAACCAGUAAAACAGAACUGAU